CACUCAUUGGUUCUUUACUUCUUGCUCUAAAUUAUAGAGAGAAAAUUCGAUUCCUAAAGAUCGAACCCUUUUUUUUUUUUUUUUCUCUCUCGGUUUCUUUUCAAGUCUCCGAUCAAAUUUUCUCGGGAAAAUGAAAGAGAAAGAAAGUAUGGAAUUGUCAGCAAAUUUGUCAGUUUUUUCCCUUAAGACAGUGACUGAAACCAAACGACGCAGUUUCACAAAAACACUGCACUAACUUUUUCUUUUGAGGGCUUCCGAGCUGAGUUGGAGACUUUGAGGAUAAGGGAAAAUGGGGGUUGUCAGGGUUCUUGUAGGGUGUGCUCUGGAUGGUAAUGAGAGAGAGAGCUGUGUGGGUUUUUGAGGAUUUGAGUGAAGGUUGGAGUGGUAGAAUUGUAAAUUUGAGGUUGUCUGGUGAAAAGCUGAGAUCUAGUUUCUGAGUUUUCAAAGGGCUGUUAAAGGUUUUUUUUUUUGAAGUGGUUUAAGCUUUGUAUUUUGAGGAAUGUGAUGUUUUACUGGAUUUUUGUCAGUGGGUUUUUAUAAUUUUGAGGGUUGAAUAGGCAAUGUUGAGGGUGGGGAUUGGAGUGAACUAAAGAGCUGGUAAAAUGAGAACUUAGGAUUGCUUUGCGGUUACAAAAAGCUGAGAUCUCUAUAAUUAGUGUCUGUGUUUGUGAGUUUUUCUCAAUCUAUGUCGGGUGCACCGAGAUUGAGGUCAAUGAAUGCGCCUGAUUCCGAGGCACGGCCUGUACUGGGACCGGCAGGGAACAAGGCCGGUUCAUUGAGUGCAAGAAAACCAGCUUCAAAGCCUUUGAGGAAGGUUGAAAAGUCUCCAGUUGAGGUCACUGCAACAGAGGAGAAAAAAUCCCUUCCAUCAUCUAUUGUUAGUUCACUUUCUCCGAAGAAACAUUCUGUCAGUGUUCCUUCAGUGCUUCGUCGCCAUGAGAAGUUAUUACAUUCUAAUUUAUCACUAAAUGCUUCAUGUUCAUCGGAUGCUUCCACGGAUUCAUUUCACAGUCGAGCAUCUACUGGUAGGUUAAUUCGGUCAAAUAGUGUUGGAAGUAGGAGGAAGCCAUACGUGUCAAAGCCAAGAAGCUUUGUUUCUGAUAGUGGUUCGGAUUCGCCAUCUGAUGGUUCACAUCAGAAAAAGAGAUGUGCGUGGGUGACACCAAAUACAGAUCCAAGUUAUGCCACUUUCCAUGAUGAAGAGUGGGGAGUUCCUGUACAUGAUGACAAGAAAUUGUUUGAGCUGCUUGUACUUUCGGGUGCAUUAUCUGAACUUACAUGGCCUGCUAUCUUAAGCAAAAGGCAAAUGUUUAGGGAAGUUUUCAUGGAUUUUGAUCCUGCCGCUGUAUCAAAAUUGAAUGAGAAGAAGUUAAUAGCACCUGGUAGCGUGUCAAGUUCUUUGUUAUCAGAAUUAAAGCUCCGAGCUAUUAUUGAGAAUGCACGCCAAAUAUCUAAGGUUAUAGAUGAGUUUGGGUCAUUUGAUGAAUAUAUUUGGAGUUUUGUGAACCACAAGCCUAUAAUAAGCAAAUUCAGAUAUCCUCGCCAGGUUCCUGUUAAAACCCCAAAAGCAGAUGUCAUAAGCAAAGAUCUGGUAAGAAGGGGUUUUCGAAGUGUGGGGCCGACGGUCAUCUACUCGUUCAUGCAAGUAGCAGGAAUAACAAACGACCAUCUCACGGGCUGUUUCAGAUUCCAGGAGUGUAUAACAGCAGCAGAAGGAAAAGAAGUUGAGAUCAAAGAGAGGGCUGAAGAAAAAAAACCCGACAAUAGUGUUAGUGUGAUCGAAUCAGAAUUAUCCAUAGCUAUCGAUGAAUUGAGUUUCUCCUGCGAAUGAUGUUGGCAGAUGGCAGAUGGCAGAUGGUGCUUCAGGUUUAAUCAUCCGUUCACCCACAUUGAUUAAUUCACUACGCUUUUGGGUGGUAAUGAAAGUGGUUUUGUGUAUAAAAACUUUCAUGAAUACUUGUGCAUCAUGAAUUUGCUAGUUUGUAGAUUUCUGAAAAAGUAAAUUAAAAUUCAACUGAAUUAAAAUUCAA